GUGGCGUCGCAGCCCUCUUUCGUCCCUUCAUCUUUCUCUCUUCAUUUCUUUCUGUCGGUGAGAGCAGGUGAUGUUUUGUGCUAUUUCCUUCUUCAUUUUCGGGAUGUGCAAGAUCUGUGGUCGCUCCUAACAUUUUUUGUGUUUCCCCUUUCCUUCGAUCUGUUGGAAUCUGGUUAGGGUUCGUGGUUAUCUCGGUUAGGGUUCUUGACCAAAAAGCGCAGGUAACCUCAAAUCCGCCCUAGAUCUUGUGAUUCCCUGUGGAUUAGUGUUGAAACUUUGCAUAUGAUUCAUGUCCCUUACUGAAGUUUCAUUUUAUUAUCUGAGCACAUGUCUUAGUCAUUGAUGUUUCAUUAUGUUAUCUGAGCACAUAUCUUAGUCAUUGAUGUUUCAUUUUGUUAUGUGAGAACAUGUUCUGAGCCAUGCAUUUUCCAUUCUUGCUAUGUAUUAGAUGGAACCUAUGGAUCAGAGAACACUGCUUGUCAAUCAAGCGACUGCUUUUGUUGCUGUUAUUUAUGCAUACUUCAUGAGUAGGCUUAGGGUGGCACAAGCUACGCGUCCUCAAAUCACAUACGGCCCAUUAAGUGCUAUGGAUGAGGAAAGGCAAGCAAACCUGAACAAAAUUUACAAUUGCAAUGAUGUAGAAUGUAUUAGCAUGCUGCGCAUGCGUAGAGCUCCAUUCUUCAACUUGUGUAACCUGUUUAGGGAUAGAAACUUGCUAAGGGACACCAUACACAGUUCUAUAGAAGAGCAAGUGGCAAUGUUUCUUCAUGUAGUAGGCCACAACCAAAGAUUUAAGGUCAUUCACCAAACAUUUAGGAGGUCCAUGGAGACAAUUUGUAGGUACUUUAGGGAGGUUUUGUAUGCAACUGGUGAACUAAGGCAGGAGAUGAUAAGACCACCAUCACUUGAAACAGCUAGUAAAAUCAGGACCAGCCCAAGGUGGUACCCAUAUUUUAAGGUAAAAACAUAACAACUAAUCAACUAAAGUGACAUUUUGGAAUAUACAAAUGGUGAUGACAGUUGUUGGUAUGAUGUAGGACUGCAUUGGUGCAAUAGAUGGAACCCAUGUUCAUGCUAGGGUUCCAACAAAGAUUUCUGCAGCAUUUAGGGGUAGGAAGCAUUAUCCUACCCAAAAUGUACUUGCUGCAGUAGACUUUGAUCUGAAGUUCACAUAUGUUCUUGCUGGCUGGGAGGGCUCUGCACAUGAUGCCCUCAUUCUGGCUGAUGCUUUAGAAAGGGAUGAUGGGUUAAGGGUUCCUCCAGGGAAAUUUUACCUAGUGGACGCCGGUUAUGCUUGCCGACCAGGAUUUCUCCCCCCUUACAGAGCCACUAGAUACCACUUGAAAGAAUAUGGUGGAAGGAAUUAUCCUACCAAUGCUAGAGAGUUGUUCAACUUGAGGCAUUCUAGCCUGAGAGUGACUGUUGAGAGGGCUUUUGGCGCGUUAAAGAAUCGAUUCCGUAUUCUAGAUAACAAACCAUUCCAUCCUUACAAGACCCAGGUGCAAUUAGUGCUUGCAUGUUGUAUUCUUCAUAAUUGGAUUCUUGAUCAUGGACAAGAUGAGGUGUUUCCUGACGAAUCUACAUGGGAACCCAAUUGUAAUACCAGUUCACAUCUUGAUGGUACUGAUGUGGUAGACAAUGUAGCUUGGGGUAAUAAGAGGGAUGAAAUGGCCAACCUGAUGUGGACCAAUAGGGGCAACUCCCAUGUUUAGUUGAUGUCAACCUUGUUUUGUAACCUUAAAGACAUGUGUUUAAUAACCUAAGACUAAAGACAUGUGCAAUGAUGAAUUAUGUGUUGAAUAUACUGAGACUAAAGACAUGUGCAAUGAUGAUUGUAUUUUAAAUCUGAAGCAAUGGAGUUUUCCAAUCUGUGAUGAUCUCCUUGCAUUUUUUACAUCUGAGGCAAUGGACUUACACUAUCUAUGAUGAUCUCCUUGCAUUUUUUACAUCUGAGGCAAUGGACUUACACUAUCUGUGAUGAUCUCCUUGCAUUUUUUACAUCUGAGGCAAUCGAGUUUUCCUAUCUGCGCUGAUCUGCUUCUAAUAUGAGGCAAUGGAUUUUUCCUAUCUAUGAUUGUGUUCCUAACUGAGGCAAUGAUUGAAUAACCUAAUUAGGGGAUGGCCGAGGACAGUGUUCAAGUAAUUGGGGAGGUGCAGGAAGUGGUGGAAGUGCAUGCUGGUACUGAUCAGCGUGGCAGGGGUGCAAUGAGGUGGACUAGUGUUAUGUCUGCCUUUGUGCUCCGCCGUAUGUGCCAGCUGAUCUCAAGUGGUGUUAGAACAGACAAAGGGUUUAAGGAGGUCCACCUGAACCAGGUUGCCAAGGCUCUACAAGAGUUUAUUGGCAGUGAGGUGACCGGUACUCAGGUGUACAACCACUUACGUAAAUGGAGACAGAGGUGGAUGAGGGUGGCAAAAUUAAGAGAGUUGAGUGGUGCCAAUUGGGAUGAAGACUUAUGCAUGAUAAGUCUGGAGGAUGAGCACUACAAUGGCCACAUUAAGGCCCACCCUAAGGAUGCUGAGUUCUUAAACAAGCCUAUAGAAAACUAUAAGGAGAUGAUGACUAUAUUUGGGACAGGAUUAGCAACUGGGAAGUAUGCUAUGGGUUCAAAUGAAGCUUUAGGAUCUCCAUGCGAGGUUGCUACUAGCUCUGUUAAGACUGAUUCCCUUGAUGAAGACAAGAGUGGUAAGUCAGUUAAGACUGAUUCCCUUGGUGAGGCAACAAAGGAUAUGAAAGAAGGUAGUAGUGGUGUAGGCAAUAAGAGGAAGAGGGGUGUGCUCACUGAUGAGGACACUCUGAUGUUGUCUAAAAUGACAGAUGCUGUCAAGGAUGUGGCAGCUGCUAUUCGUGAGACCAAAGUGGAGGUGAUUAAUCCUGACCUAUAUGUUGCAGUGAUGUAUAUGCCUGGAUUUAGUGAGGAAGCUUUAAUUUGUGCUUUCUCUCAUCUGGUGGACAACAAGGCGCAGGGGGAUGCUUUUGUCCACAUGACUGACUCCCAUCGUGUCCUGUGGCUAAGGACAUGGCUAGCCAAGAACUACUUCCUGUAGAUGCAUAUUAUGCUAACUGACUGAUCAUUCUUUUGGGUAGCCAAACAUAUACCAUGAGAGGUUUUGCUUUUGCUGUGAGACAACUUGCUUGUCUGUAAGGUCACUAAUUUCUGGGGGUCUUUAGGUCUGAGGGUGAUCCUUUGCUGGGUUGUUGGAGUACUGAGAGGUUGAAGGCAUAUGUGAUCAGUCAGAUUGUUGCCUGUGAUGUGGUGGACCUAGAUUCAAAGUUCCAGUUGCAUUUGUAACCAUGACUUUGAUGCAUGAGCUAAUUUCCUUUGCCUCUAUUGUUUCCUUUGCCUCUGUUCUUUCCUUUGCCUACGAUCAGUCAGAUUGUUGCCUGUAAUGUAUGUGAUUUUCAUGCUUGAUCUGAGAUGGUUUCUAUUGCCUAUGAUGUAUGUGAUUUUCAUGCUUGAUCUGAGAUGGUUUCCAUUGCCUAUGUUGAUUGGCAAAUUUUGAUACCUUGAUCUGAGAUGAUUUCCAUUGCCUAUGAUGAUUACCAAACCACUACCUAACUGUGUUGUAAGUAUUGAAUUACCAGUUCAGUUACUGAGCACAAUAAAUGGCCUAUGAUCAUUCUAUGAUACUACCUCAAAUUGUGAAGUGUCCUAACAAAAUUUACAGCUAUGGCUUGGUACGUAGUACAUGUUGGCCGUCAAACUGGUGUCUACUCUUCCUGGGAAGCUUGCCAUGCUCAAGUAAAUGGUUGCAAAGGAGCUUGCUACAAAAGAUACAAUUCAAGAGAAGAAGCGAUGACAGCUUUCAAUGGUCACGACAAUGAGGACAAACAACAGGAAGUUCCAGUACUUCUUAGGAACAAAGCUAGUGCUAUUACAAUUAAAGAUGUAAUAAUAUUUGCAGGAGGUGUUGUAAUAUUAGUUCAAGCUUUAAUCAUUACAAUUUUAGUUUCCAAAUUGAUGUAAUAAUGGUUACAUUAGCUGUUUUAUCCCCUCUUGGUCUGUGGUGGUAACCUUACCAAUGUAUGCAAGAGGUGACUUUAACAA